UUGCCCCUCCCCACCAGCUUCGUUUGGCCGAUCUCAAACCCGUUUCCGGUCUCCGCCGCCGGGCCUGCUUCCGGUGCGAGCGCCCUGCUGUCGCCGCUCCCAGUGCCGCGAUGCUGUGGCUUUCUCUAGCCCGGGCUCGUUGCCUCAACCGAGCGGUCGGUCGCUCCCUCUGCGCCGUUCAGCAGGGAAGCUGUCCACAGGGGAAAUGCUUGCUCUCUGGUUUUUCUCGAUGCCAGGGACCAGUUUAUGCCAACAGCAGGAAGCAUUUAGUAAACGGCUCUCGUGGCUUCACUGUCCGGUAUUUCAGAACCACCGCAGCAUGCAGGGAAGACGUUGUUACAGUGAACACACCAGCAUUUGCAGAAUCAGUCACAGAGGGAGAUGUCAGGUGGGAGAAAGCUGUGGGAGACACAGUAGCAGAGGAUGAAGUGGUGUGUGAGAUAGAAACAGACAAGACAUCCGUGCAGGUUCCAGCUCCAACAGCUGGUGUAAUUGAAGCACUUCUGGUCCCUGAUGGGGGGAAAGUAGAAGGAGGAACGCCUCUGUUCAAACUCAGGAAAAGUGGAGCUGCACCUGCUAAGGCAAAACCAGUGGCAGCUGCAGCAGCUCCUUCUGCCCCUGAGCCUGCGCCUCCUGCUGCUGCCCCUCCCCCUGCAGCACCGAUCCCCACUACGAUGCCUCCAGUGCCCCCUGUCUCCACGCUGCCUAUUGAUGCUAAACCAGUGUCUGCAGUGAAGCCAUCUGCAGCUCCAGUGGCGGCUGCGGAUCCUGGGGCCAGCAAAGGUGCCAGAUCGGAACAGAGGGUAAAAAUGAACAGGAUGCGUCAGCGUAUUGCUCAGCGCCUGAAAGAGGCUCAAAAUACAUGUGCCAUGCUGACCACUUUUAAUGAAAUUGACAUGAGUAACAUCCAGGAAAUGAGAGCUCGGCACAAAGAAACCUUCCUGAAGAAGCACAACCUGAAGCUUGGCUUUAUGUCUGCCUUUGUGAAAGCUGCAGCCUUUGCCUUGCAAGAUCAGCCCAGUGUCAACGCAGUGAUUGAUGAUACAACCAAAGAGAUCGUGUACAGGGAAUACGUGGAUAUCAGCGUUGCUGUCGCAACUCCUAGGGGUCUUGUGGUGCCAGUCAUCAGGAAUGUACAAACAAUGAACUUUACUGAUAUUGAACGAAGCAUCAAUGAGCUGGGCGAGAAGGCUCGCAAAAAUGAACUUGCCAUUGAGGAUAUGGAUGGUGGCACAUUCACUAUCAGUAACGGUGGUGUAUUUGGAUCCCUUUUUGGGACACCAAUCAUUAACCCCCCUCAGUCAGCUAUCCUGGGCAUGCAUGGCAUCUUUGAUAGACCUGUUGCUGUUGGAGGCAAAGUUGAGGUGCGACCAAUGAUGUAUGUGGCACUGACAUACGAUCACCGGUUGAUUGACGGCAGAGAGGCAGUGACUUUCCUGCGCAAGAUCAAGGCUGUGGUAGAAGAUCCUCGUGUGCUGCUGCUUGACCUGUAGAGGGCAGCAGCCGCACCCUGCCCAGCAGAGCAAGGAUGCACCAGCAGACAGAGCACAGGACACCCGGGAAUCAGCAGGACACCAUUCCAACCUCCUCCUCUUCCUCUCCUGUAGUGGCAAGGGUUGCUUUGAAAGGAGCCACAGGGACAGUGUGCCAUCCGCCCUUCCUGUCUUUUCAAGUGAUGGGUCAUUUUCUUCCCAAGGCAAAUAAGUAGCUGUUAUAGGCUGUUCUGAUAUAGCCUACUGUUUUCCCUCGAAGUAGAUCUGGCCUCACCUUUCUCCUGACUUUCCUGGGGAUCGAAGCUGCUUAGUAAGAGCAUCCCUCUUAAAGCUGCUCUUGCACAGAAUUUUAGCUUUUAAUUCAUUAUCACCAGGACUAGAGGCCAGGAAAGGAAAGGUGGUUUCUGAUUCUGUACUCCGCUUAAAGACUGCAGUUCUCACACACAAGGUUCACCUGUGGUCCACUAAGGUGACUCUGUCACAGUGCCUGAUCUUACACACUUCCAACAAGGGAGAGUAAAUUUCUCCAGCAUCCUGGUGGGUUUUUACCUUAGCAGAGGUGAGGCUGCUGCCCAUGGGCUACUGCCUUCCCAACUGUUUUCUACUCCCCAUAGUACUAGCCGAGAGGCAGUUCUAGGAUUGCUUUCAGGGACUUCCUCACCAUCUCCUGCUAUUGCAUACCUUCAGGAGCAAGAAAGUAGAAGAAACAGGUCUUGCUCUCCUACAUUUUUCUUUUGUCUUUUAACCUCUGGGAGGGCAGAAUUGGCAUCCCUUGUAGUUAUUGGACUCGGUUCUCAAGUGGUCUGGAAAUUUGGGGAAGGUGGUAACCCUCUGCCACUGUCCUGAGCUCAUCUGAUCCUCAGUGGAUGGCUCCAUCAACUUCUUGUCUGCAGUGACUAGACCUGAUUGUGUGCUGACAUGGGUUGAAACGAGACCACUGUUGUGGCAUGUUUUCUCAGCCCAGAGCCUGCUGGUUCGUGGGGUUAUAGCCUUAGUACACUAGAAUGCACGUGUAUUGUUGAGUGAGAGGGUUGCUAGUACUUGCAGGGUUUAUUACUCUUGUCUGCCGCACAGAACUUGUAAUUAAACUAUUUAACGCAACAAAUUUUAAUUGAAAUAAAACAAGGAAAUUA